UAUUCAGCCUUGCAUAAUUUAAGGUUCAGCCAUAUUGCAAUUACAAAUAUUACAUAUCAAAUGUGGGUCCAAGUUACCUAAGUUACCUAAACAUUGGGAUGUCACUAGCUGAACUGCCCAAACAGCCUGUGUGUGGCAACAGAUACUUGAAUUUUAUGGUGCAUGGACACUAGAGUUACCGUGUCCAUGGGAUAGGGGUGUGUCCGACACUUGUACUCUAAUUGGAAGCCCGGAUCCGUUGAUGAUGUUCGAGGAGAAAUAUGUUUACCUGGGUAAGGAAGAAAAAUCUGUGACAUCUAACAUAUGGAUGGGAGAUAAAUUCUCUUUUAUGCUAAGAUUUGUCUAAUUUCAAGUAUUUCUUUAUAAUAAAUGCGUGUCAAAAUGUUAAAUACGAAACAUAUAAUACUAAAGUUCAAGAUGUAUCCACGUAUCCGCAUCCAACUUUUGGAUACAUGUUUUCCUAUUCUAAGCUUAGAAAUUUGUUGGGUUUGGAUGGAUUUUACCUAUUCUAAGCGCAAGUAUCUGUUGGGAGAUCGGAUUUCUGGACAUACCCUCACCCAAUACCAACAGCCCGGUCAAUGCAACAUGGGGAAAUUCGGACAUCCUUAUAAGUACACACACAAGCGAUGGAAAGGGCAUUUGUCAGCUUGUCUUAUGGUUGAGUAUGUAAAAUUGUUGUUCUUUCAGAUUUAUGUUUCCCUGGAAGGAGUUGACCAAGAAAAAAUGGAGAUCGUUUUCAAGCCCAUGUCUAUCGAUGUCAAAUUCCAUGAUGUCCAAGGAAAGAACUAUCGCUGUGCCAUACCAAAAUUGAACAAGGAAAUUGUUCCUGAGAAAUGUAAGGUGGUAGUUAAGCCUACAAGGGUUAUCAUCACAUUACCUAAAGCUUCAAAGGGAAACUGGUUGGAUUUGCACUUCAAAGAGGACAAGCUGAAGCCAAAUGUGGACAAGGGCGGGGACCCUAUGGCUGGGAUUAUGGAUUUGAUGAAGAAUAUGUACGAGGAGGGGGAUGAUGAAAUGAAGAAGACAAUAGCAAAAGCAUGGACUGAUGCUCGAUCUGGAAAAGCCGCUGAUCCUCUGAAAGAUUAUCGUUGAAACGUGCUGGCACGUGUUGGCGUUUGCAAUAGGAACAGAUUUGAAGGUACCGGAGGGUAGUGUUUUUAGUUAGUAGUUUUGGUUUUUAGGCUUAACAGUUAAUGUUAUUAGUGAAUGUUGUGUUGAAAUGAUGUUGGGGGGUAAUCUCAGUACUUUGGUUGAUAAAGAACAUAACCAUGCAUGUAGCUUUCCCAUAUUCCUUGAGUGAGUCUUUUUCUUAGGUUCA